UGAUCAUCAAGAUCUAGACAGAAUGAAGACUUGAAGAUUUAGACUUUGCUGAGGACUGUGGUCUGCUGGUCCAGCCCGGUCGGUCCUGCGGUCUCCAGCCUUUCAUCCAGUCUCAGAGUCCACUUCAGACCUGCAACUCGGGACACGUACCAGGUCGGUGGGUGGUUCCGUGUCUCAGCUGUUCUGAUAACAGGACGUGUGAUUGGAGGGAGGUUGCCUGGCAACCUGACAGCUGUUAUCACCCCCUAGUGGACCGCCCCCUUCUGCAGGACUGUAUGACCAACAGGAAGGUUUUGUUUAUCGGCGACUCGACCAAUCGUGGGAUGAUGUACUUCCUGAUGGAGCGGGUGAACUCCAGCCUGGAGGACUGGGGCAAAGCUCACGACACGCUGGUCUACAGGAACCUGAAUGGGGGACGGACCCUCGUCAGCUACUCGUAUUAUCCUCAGUUCUGGCUGCAGAAGAACCAGAGACCCACGUUCAGACAGGCUCUGCUGCAGCUGCUGGACAGGUCACGACCUCUGGUGAACUCAAACCUGACAGUUCUGGUGGUGGGUGGAGUGCAGUGGCUCAACACGGAUCACCUGAAGACGGUCCGAGAGGUGCUGAACAGAGAGUCUCUGGGUGACGUCCUGGUGGUGGUGAAGUCUCUGGGGAUGGGUUUCCACCUUCCUGUAGACGGGAUCCGGUCUCUCAGUCUGAAGGAGAUCCAGAAGCUCUACAGGGAGAACCGUAACAUCAUCACCACAGCAAAGCAUUAUGGGUACGAGGCAAUAGACACAUUCAGCAUCACAAUGGGUCGGUACAAAGAGUUCCUGCAGGGGCGGUGUGGCUGCCACUUUCACGAGAGGAACAUAUACAAGGAGUCAGGGCUGAUGUGGAGUUCCUCAAG